AUGGCUGCGCAUCAUAUAGUCAUUGCAAAGGCAUCCUUUGCAGCUGCUUUACUGCGCCCUGACGUGAUCAAGGUGUCUCGUGACGACCUCCUUACCUUUCACAGCGCUUUGGAGGCUGCGCUAGUUCGCUGCUCAAGGCACAACAUACAGAACUGCAAAGAGUGGCUUCUUCAAAAUGUCAUUGUUUCAGCUGACCGCGUCGGUGCGUUUGGGAAAUAUUUGACCACCCUAUCCAGACACCUUGCUCUUCCGCCAGACGAAACCGUCAAGACCAGCCUUGCACGUCAACGACUCCAUAUCCUCUACCUGGUCAGCGACCUUCUCCAUCACUCGAAGUACCACACGUCAGAGGCCUCUCUCUUGGGCCGCGUCACAAGCUCCCUGCAGCCCUUCCUGCUCGACCUUUUCCAGUCAGCUUUGUCGGAGCGCAAGAGGAAACUCUUGAGGCGAUUGGAAGAUUUACUUGAAUUAUGGGAACAUGAACAAUAUUUUGGUAGGGACGUCUUCGCCCAGUUGCGAGACGCGCUUGCCGACGUGCAGCCACAAACUGCACCGGUAUCUCAAGAACAAGCCACAGCCCAGGGGGAAGCAAAGGAGCCCCCUUAUGUCUUGCCUGCAACACAUGGUGAUCCCUCCCUGCGGUUCUAUGAUCUGCCGGCAGGGAAUCUUGUACCUCAUAUCAUCCCCAACAGCUCACAACCCAUCCGACCCGACGACGUCCAUGCAUUACGGCUUCCGAGCGGGCCAGCGGAUGAAAGUCUGGUCAACGCGCUGAAGGAAUUUUUGGAUGAUGUUCAGGGUAUCAAUGAGAGGAUCUCAAAGCUCGAAAAAAAUGGGGUGACUCUCGAAUUUGAUGAGAUGGGCGAAAUAUCCUACCAUGGCGAAGCAGGGGAUCUUGUGGGAGACACAUACUACGGCUGGUCGCGCUCCUUCUGUCCAACAGUCCAAGCCGCAGUCGCAGCCGCGACCGUGGUCGUGUCCCCUACAAGCGGCGCCGUUACAGCGACUCUACGGAUGAGCAUUCGCGAUCCUCUCGAUCUUACAGUAGAUCAACAUCCCGCCCUCGACACGGAGGAUCGAAGCAAGAGCGAAGUAUUGGUCGCCAUGAAAGUCGGUCACGAUCAAGGGGCCGGCCGCAUUCCCUUGAGUUGA